AACAGACAACAGAUAACUAUAUCCUCACUCACAGAUCAGCGAUGAAGUCCGCAGUGUGUCUCGUGUUUGCCGCCCUCAUAUCCAUAGGUUCGUGCGUGGAAUAUAGACUUUACACAAAAAGCAACCGUUUAAAUUACGAUGUAGUCAGUGCCAAUGAUCCAUCUUCUCUUUCAAGUUCUAAUUUCAACACCAACGACGACACCAAAUAUAUUAUUCAUGGAUUUACUGGAAGCGCCGACGACCAAUGGAUGGUGGAUAUGAAAAACGCGUUUCUUGAUCUAACUGAAGAUUUGAACGUGUUUUUAGUAGAUUGGUCAGAGGGCGCUUCUGGGCCUACAUACGGACAAGCUAUGGACAACACAAGAACGGUUGGCACUGAAACGUCAGAUUUCAUCAAGUUUUUGAACACCGAAGUGGGACAUAGAUUCGACCAGAACCACUGCAUCGGACACAGUUUGGGUGCUCAUUGCUGUGGAUUUACAGGCGAUUAUACACAAUCUUUACCGACUCCAACUGGUACAAUAGGAAGAAUUUCAGGCAUGGAUCCUGCUGGACCAGGCUUUGAAGAUGAAACACGCAACAACCGCCUUGAUGAUACGGAUGCCAGUUUUGUUGACGUCAUGCACACAGACGGUGAUGGUAUAGUAGGAUAUGGAAUCAAGAUGGAGAGUGGUCAUACAGAUUUCUAUCCAAAUGGUGGCGCUGAUCAGCCUGGAUGUGCAUUGGUCGGUGGAGUUUGUGACCACAGCCGAGCUCACCAAUACUACCUUGAGUCCAUUUUGACCGACUGCAAAUUUCUGUCGUAUCCAUGUGCAGUGGGUGACAAAUGUUACACAUGUGGAAGCGGAUGUAAUCGUAUGGGUUUCUGGGGUACAAAGAAUCCAUCUGGCACGUUCUACUUGGAAACCAACGAUGAUUAUCCAUAUUGCCAAGCAUGAGGAGUGAACCAAUAAUACUUCCCUAUUGACACUUUCUUGCUAUUGCUUAGUCAAUUUUUAGAAAAAAAUUGAUUAAACUGCGUUGACGAUUAUAGGUUA